AUGGGUCUGCAAACCGCGUUGGCGUCCGCGCUGCUCUAUGGCAGCAUGCAGCAGAGCGGCCUCCUGAGCGUCACGGACCUCACGCGCGCGCCGGCCUGGUCCCUCACCAACGCCAACGGCAGCGUCUCAGUCAGCAAUGCCGCCCUGCCUGCGUACGUUCUGGAGGUGCUCGAGAAGCGCAACAUCAUCCCUGACCCCCUGCAGAGGUUCAACGAGAAGCGCCUGGCCUGGGUCAGGGACGACACCUGGACCUUCAGCCGCGAGUUCACGCUCUCCGCCCCCUGGACCGGCGGCGAGCUCGUGCUCGCCGGCGUCGACACCGUCGCCGACAUCACCCUCAACGGCCAGCGCCUCGGGCGCGUCGCGAGCGAGCACCGCACGCACAGGCUGGCCGUGCCGGCCGGCCUGCUGCGCAGCAAUGGGGCCAACAAGAUCUCUAUUGAGCUGAAGCCUGUGAAACAGGAGGCCCAGAAGGACCAGAACUCGUACGCCUACACGGUGCCGUCGGUGGCGCACCUGGGGUCGUUUGCGGAGCACAAGGCCUUCAUCCGCAAGGCCGGCUCCGACUUUGGCUGGGACUGGGGGCCCGCCCUGGGGCCCGUCGGCGUGUUUGGGUCGAUCUACCUGCUCGCCGCCCCCGCCGCCCCCGAGGCCGGCUCCUACCUCCAGGCUGCCCACAUCCGGCAGCUGCACAGGGAUGACAAGAUCCAGCUCAAGGUCCACGCAGUCGUCUCGAAGCCCGCAACUGGGUCUGAUGCGAACGCCCCCGCCCCUGCCGGCACUGCCAAGUUCGUGAUCCCAGAGCUCAGCAUCGACGUGUCCAAGCAGUUCUCGGGCAGCGAAGACGAUUUCAAGGAGGGCGGCGCGUGCCGGCGCGUGGCGAGCGGCGAGGGCGGCUCGAGGGCAGAGUGCAACGUGUUUGUUGAGGUCGACGUGCCUAAGAGCCAGGUGGAGCUGUGGUGGCCGGCCGGGCACGGCCCCCAGAGGCUCUACGAUGCCACCGUCACGUGGCAGCCCGCGGGCGGCGCCGCCAGCUGCUCGGAUGCUGCUACCCUCGACGCCGACGAUCCCGCCGCCCUCGAGUCCAAGGCCGGCGCGUUCGCCGAGGCCGCCGCCGCGGCGCCCGCGCCCGCGCAGCAGUUUGGCUGCUCGGCGGCGAAGCGGCUGGUGGGGUUCAGGACCGUGGAGCUGGUGACGCAGCCGCUGGCGGAGGCCGCUAAGGAGAUGGCGCCCGGCGCGCCCGCGCCCACCGGCGGCGACGCGGAGGGUGGCUUUGCACUGCACCCUCAACUCCUCUCAAGCUGCGUGCCGGGCGGGUUUGCUCCUGUGCAUCCCCCCUUCCCACUGCACUACCCGGCACCCACCACCUGCCCCACCCAGUCUCGCCCCUAA